GAUAACACAAUUGGUGAUUACUUUAUAGGAGAAGGUGGUAUUUUAAGAGAUGCUUCAAUAGGUGAGGAAUUUCAUCAUAACCUUCCUACAAUUAAUCAUUCUCUGAGAAGAAGAAAAUACAAUAUAUAUAGUUCUUCUGAUGAAUCUAAUCUUACUAUGGAUGAUGAGCAUAAUAAUACAAUAACAACAAAUAAUUAUAGUAAUAAUAAUAAUUCUUCAACUAGAAAGACUCAUCGUUUAUUUGUUAACACUUCCAAUAUUCAAGAAGAUACUAAUAAUCAUCAUGAAAGUGGUGAUGAUGAAUUAUCUUCAAAUAACAAUAAUUUACAAUCUGUUCAAUAUUCAAGUUCAGAUGAAGAUGGAAGAAGAAAGAGAAGAGAUGAGGAAGAAGAUGCCACUCCAAUACCAAGAUUUAACGAAGAUGAAUCACACACAACAACACAAAGUAAUAAUACUAAUCUCUUCCGUCGACAGAGUACAAGUAGUGGCAGUGGUGGAGAAGCUACAACAAUAGGUGGAAUAAUCAAUCCAACCACAUCCGUACCAUCACUACAAACAGUGAGUGGUGGUCUUGUCGGUGGUAUAAUGAUGGGUGCUGCUACUACUACUGGUCAUACUCAUCAUCAUCAUCCAAACAACUCGAAUACUGCUGCGAACCUUCAAACAACAACAAGACAACAAAACAAGAAAAACAAUUCAAAAAAUAUUCAACAAAAUUCCUCAGAGUUAAUUAACAGCAACUCAACUUGCCAAUCCUCAUCUUUACAUUCAUCCACGAGUGGACAAAAGAUUGAAUAUUUAUCUCCGAAUCAAUUGUUACAACAACAACAUUAUCAAUCAUCACCUCCACCUCAUAUUUCAUCUUUUAUCAUGUCCACAAAUAUUAAUGGUCAACAACAUGCUGAUUAUAAAAGCAGUGGUAAUGAUCCAAAUGAUCCAAUGACAAGGUAUGAUUCUGUGGCACCUGAAUUAGGUGUUGGUUAUGAAAGAUGGAAAGCCAUCAGAAAUGCUUGGGUAACCGGAGCAUUUGCAUCAGAUAAACAAACAAUUAUUAGAGAUCCAUCAAGUCAACCUUCGGAUGUUGAUUCAAUUGUUGAACAUUUAGUCAAUCCUAAAAAACCUGCUUUUCAAAAACCUAUUCCUCUAAAUGAUAUGAUUCAAAUUUUACUUGAAAUAUGGGAAUCAGAUGGUCUUUUUGAAUAGAUUAAUGUGAACAAUAUGUAAUAACAAUAUCCACCUCUACCACAGCGUUACGCAAAACAAAUUUUAAUCAGCAAACACUUUUGUUAGAUAUCCAAGAUAACUCUCCUAUAGUAAUUUCCUCUUCCUUCUUCCCUCUUCCGAUUAAAUCCAUUUCUUCUCAGUCCCGACCCGACAUGCAUUCCACAAUAAAAUUGAAAAACU